UAGAUACCAACAAACACAUACAUAUUACAGUUGAUCGAUACAGACUCAUAAAUUCUUCCUGAGUUCGUUGCUGAAAUGGUUUUUGGUUGGCGGAGGAACAGAAGUGCUGCUGGCAAGAAGCCGCAAGCCAGCUCGAAUAUGGAGCUUGUAAUUCCCAAUCAUUAUCUUUGCCCAAUAUCUCUAGAUCUUAUGAAAGAUCCAGUCACUUUGUCAUCUGGGAUAACUUAUGAUCGAGAAAGCAUAGAGGCAUGGCUUGAAGCUGGAAAUUUCACAUGUCCUGUUACAGGUCUAGUGCUCAGGAGUUUUGAUCAGAUACCCAAUCAUACUCUCAGGGCAAUGAUCCAAGAGUGGUGUGUGGAGCACAGGAGAUAUGGCGUCGAACGUAUUCCAACACCAAGAGUUCCUGUCUCCCCAAUUCAGGUGUCUGAGACUCUUUCCUGUCUGGAUGCUUCAACUAAGCGUUUGGAUCAGUACGGAUGCGUAGAAUUGGUGCAGAAAAUUAAGAGAUGGAGCAGUGAAAGUGAGCGUAAUAGACGUUGCAUUGUAGCAAAUGGAGCAAGUGGAGUGUUGGCUGCAGCAUUUAGUGCCUUCUCCAGGGAUUCUUCCAGAAGAAAUGAUAGUGUUCUUGAGGAAAUAUUAUCAGCAAUUGCUCCGAUGAUGCUUCCUAUGUCAGAUUCAGAAUCCCAAAUAUAUCUGAGCUCACCAGAUUCAUUAUGUACCAUGGUACGGUUCUUGGAACAUGGAGAUCUGUCAUCCAAACAGAAUUCAAUCAUCGCACUGAAAGAGCUUCUUUCUUCUGAUGAACAGCAUGCAGAAGCACUAGCAUCAUUUGAAGAAGUGCAUGAACUGCUAUUUAAGUUCAUAAAAGACCCGGUAUGUCCUAAGAUAACCAAAGCUUCCCUUGUAGUAAUUUUCCAUCUUCUUUCUUCCCAUUCUUCUGGUGGAAACAUCAAAUCCACAUUUGCGAAAAUGGGUUUGGUUCCUUUAAUCAUAGGAAUCAUCAUCGGCUCAGAGAGGAGCAUAUGCGAGGGAGCUUUAGGUGUUCUUGAUAAACUUUGCGACUGUGAAGAAGGGAGAGAAGAGGCUUAUAGCAAUGCCCUAACAUGGCCAGUCUUGGUGAAGAAAAUCUUGCGAGUUUCAGAACUGGCAACGCAGUAUUCAGUUUCAGCCAUUUGGAAGCUUAAUAAAUAUGGAAGGAAAGAGAAAGUUUUGGUCGAAGCACUUCAGGUUGGUGCUUUCCAAAAGCUGGUAUUACUGUUACAAGUUGGCUGUGGUAAUGAGACAAAAGAGAAAGCAACUGAGCUUUUGAAGCUAAUGAAUCCUUACAGAAGUGAAUUGGAGUGCAUUGAGUCUGUUGAUUUCAAGAAUCUCAAGCGUUCAUUUUGAAGAGAGAUAGCUUAGGAAAGGUUUAAUACUUCUUCUUCUUCUUCUUCUUCUUCUUCUUAUUUGCUCUUAAUUGCUCAAUCUAAGAUACAUAUACAUACCCUCAGACUGAUUUUGGACUAUUGUUUUUAUUAUUCUUUUAUUUGUAAUUUUUGUAAGUGAUAAUACUAAGUUUAUCAUAAUGUGUAAUAGAAAGUAAUGGAAUAUAAUGUUAUUAAUAUA